UUUGAAAGUGUAAUUAGCAGCGGAAGUGUCACUUUCAUCAUGAAGUGCGAUCACUUACUGUACCUUUAAAUACGUGGUGGGGGUCAGUCUCUAAAGCGCAUGCGCAUCUUGUGUUUAGUUUUCUCCAACCUGAGGAGCUGUCUAGGAUUUGCUGCCAAUUCUUGUCAUGUUUGGAUAGCAGCAGCGCAGAUUUUUUUCCCUCCCUAAUUGCGUCUUUUUUGGGGGGCUGCGGGGUAUUAAAUUAAAUACACCGAGAAAAGGAGUCUACAAACAAAAGCAACCGGGAAGUCAAAACAACAAGCUCCAAAAGUGCCCGACGAGAAUCUGCGGUUCUUUUCUCAUCCACAUCACAUCCAUGUUGGCUGCGGUAGCCUCCGCUGUGGUUCCGGGGCUCCUAGCGCCACUGAGGCUUUGUUCUCCCGUCAACAACAUCCGGCUGCGUGGCCUGUGGAAGGACUCCCCCACGGAGCGGCUGCCAUCCCCGUGUGUGUCUUAAGGACGCUGGAAAAAUGGCUGCUGAAAAUGCUAUUUGAAAGCCGCCAUGAAUCAAUGCCGAGAGGCUAGCUAAACAAGCUAACAGAUGCUAAACACUCAGCUUGCUAACGCUGGAAAACAGCUUUCACUCAUGCUUGUCUCCUUUGCUGGUUUAUCCCAACAAGAAGUAGGCUGAAGCCGGCUUUAAAAACAUUUACUUAUUUGAAUAUGAAGAACCUUUAACCUGAAACCGAACUUUCAUAACACUCGUCUUUUCAUCCGAACCAAAAUGGAUCCCAUUGGGAGAUGUUCGGCUACCUUUGCACCCCGAGUUCGCGGCAUCAUCGUAAUGGUGGUGUGGGUUCUUGUCCACUUGGCUCUGCUCACCCACGCCUCGCCGCCGAAAGGCUGUGACAAGACGUGCCUGUCCGGGAAAUGUCUCAACGGGUCCUGUGUGUGUGACCCCGGAUGGGUGGGAGACCAGUGCCAGCACUGCCAGGGACGCUUCAAGUUGACUGAGCCUUCGGGAUUCCUCACGGACGGUCCCGUCAACUACAAGUACAAAACAAAGUGCACCUGGCUCAUCGAAGGAUCUCCAAAUGCGGUUCUCCGCUUGCGGUUCAACCACUUUGCCACAGAAUGCAGUUGGGAUCAUAUGUAUGUUUAUGAUGGAGACUCCGUAUAUGCGCCUCUGGUGGCCGUUUUCAGUGGUCUAAUUGUACCGGAGGUGCGAGGAAACGAGACGGUUCCUGAGGUGGAGACCACUUCGGGCUAUGCAUUAUUAUACUUUUUCAGCGACGCCGCCUACAACCUGACCGGAUUUGAAAUAUUCUAUUCGAUCAACUCCUGUCCUAAUAACUGCUCAGGCCACGGGAAGUGCACGCCCGGCAACUCGGCAGCCAACCGCGUGUACUGCGAAUGCGACAAAUACUGGAAGGGUGAGGCCUGCGACAUCCCCUACUGCAGGAACAACUGCGGCAGUCCCGACCACGGCUACUGCGACCUCACCGGCGAGAAGCUGUGCGUUUGCAACGACAGCUGGCAAGGCCCGGACUGCUCCCUCACCGUGCCUUCCACCGAGUCAUUCUGGGUGUUGCCCAGCAUGAAGCCCUUUGGCACGUCGCUAGGACGGGCCUCGCACAAGGCCGUGGUGCAGGACAAGGUCAUGUGGGUCGUGGGUGGCUACACGUUCAACUUCACCUCGUUCCAAAUGAUCCUCAACUACAACCUUGAAAGCGGCAUAUGGAACACGGUGCCCAUCAACAGCGGCCCCGUUCCCAGAUACAGCCACUCGCUCGCCUCCUACCAGGACGACAUUUUCAUGUUCGGCGGGAAGCUGGAAGCCGGCUGGAGCAACGUGACCGAUGAGCUCUGGGUCUUCAACAUCCCCAGUCGGACGUGGCAGCGGAGGAACCCGGUCACGGGACCGCCGGCUCAGGCGCAGAUUUACGCCGUCGAGGGUCACACGGCGCAUUGCGUCGUGCUGGACGGCGGCGAGGUGGUCAUGCUGGUUGUUUUCGGCUACUCGCCCGUGUAUAGCUACAUCAGCAACGUGCAGGAGUACAAUCUGAGGACCAAUGCCUGGCUCGUCCCGGACACCAAAGGCGCCGUCCCUCAGGGCGGUUACGGCCACACUAGCACGUACGACCGAGCCAGCGGUAGCGUAUAUGUCCACGGCGGCUACAAGGCGUUACCCGCUAACAAGUACGGCCUCGUGGAUGACCUCUACCGCUACGACGUCAACAUGCGUACAUGGUUCAUCCUGCGUGAGAGCGGCUAUCCUCGCUACCUGCACGCCGCCGUCCUCCUCAGCGGCACCUUACUCGUCUUUGGCGGCAACACGCACAAUGACACGUCGCUAAGCAACGGAGCUAAGUGCUUCUCUGCGGACUUCCUGGCGUAUGAUAUCGCGUGCGACGAGUGGAGGCUCCUUCCCAAGCCAGACCUUCACAGAGACGUGAACCGUUUCGGACACUCAGCUGUGGUCAGCAACGGGUCCAUGUUUGUGUUUGGCGGCUUCUCCAGCGUGCUCCUCAACGACGUGCUCGUGUACCGGCCGCCCAGCUGCCAGGCCUUCUCUACAGAAGACGGGUGCGCUAAAGCCGGCCCGGGGGUCCGCUGCAUCUGGAGCAGAGGCCACUGUCUCCCCUGGGAGGCCAGUAUGAACAAAGGGAGCCUCGACCCGGCUCCGUUUUGCCCACCAAAACCAGCGACUAUCGACGAGCGAUGCUACCGCUUCUCCGACUGCGCCAGCUGCACGGCCAACACCAACGGGUGCCAGUGGUGCGACGACAAGAAGUGCAUCGCUGCAUCCAGCAACUGCACUGUGAACGUGAGGAACUUCACGGCGUGCCCCGUGCAGAACGAGCAGGUCUGCAGCAAGCUAGCAAAUUGCAAGAGCUGUUUGCUGAAUCUCAACUGUCAGUGGGACCAGAACCAGUCGGAGUGCCACGCCCUUCCUGCCCAGCAGUGCAGCGAGGGCUGGAGCCUGGUGGGCGAGGCCUGCCUAAGGAUCAACUCCAGCCGCGAGAGUUACGACAACGCCCAGCACUACUGCAAGAAUCUCCACGGCAACAUUGCCUCGCUCACCACGGCCAAGCAGGUGGGCUUUGUUCUGGAGGAGCUGAAGAAGUUGCAGCAGCAAGACAAGCGUUUGUCGCCUUGGGUGGGACUGAGGAAGAUCAACGUGUCAUACUGGGGCUGGGAGGACAUGUCGCCUUUUACCAACAGCAGCUUACGUUGGCUGCCCGGCGAGCCCAGCGAUUCGGGUUUCUGCGCCUACCUGGAGGAGCCUCAGGUGUCGGGCCUCAGGGCCAACCCGUGCACCGCCACCGCGCACGGUCUCAUCUGUGAAAAGGCCACAGGAAACCCCAAUCAGAGUUCCCGCCCGCCCUGCAAGAAGUCGUGCUCGCUGCACACCACCUGUGCCAACUGCACCAGCCAGGCCAUGGAGUGCAUGUGGUGCAGCAGUGCACAGCGCUGUGUCGACUCCACCGCCUAUGUCAUCUCCUUCCCUUACGGCCAGUGUCUGGAGUGGCAGACGGGGGACUGCGUGGCCCAGAACUGUUCAGGCCUCCGAACAUGCAGCCAGUGCUUGGAGCAACCCGAAUGCGGCUGGUGCGGCGACCCGAGCAGCACCGGAAAGGGCCUGUGCACGGAAGGCUCCUACAGGGGUCCCAUGAAGAGACCACCUAAACAGAGCCAGUCCCAGGACUUGAUCCUGGAGCCGGGCAUCUGCCCCAAAGACAAAGGCUACGAGUGGACGUUCAUACACUGCCCCGCGUGCCAGUGUAACGGCCACAGCACGUGCGUGAAUGGCAGCGUCUGCGAGCAGUGUCGUAACCUCACCACGGGCCCCCACUGUCAGACCUGCAUGGCCGGUUACCACGGAGACCCAACCAAUGGUGGCAAAUGCCAGGCCUGUAAGUGCAACGGACAUGCAAGUGUGUGCCAGGUGCUAACUGGCAAAUGCUUCUGCACCACCAAGGGCAUCAAAGGGGACCAGUGCCAGCUGUGUGACUCAGAAAACCGUUACCUUGGCAAUCCACUCAGGGGGACAUGUUAUUACAAUCUGCUGAUCGACUACCAGUUCACCUUUAGCCUCAUCCAGGAAGAUGAUAACCACUACACGGCCAUCAACUUCAUGGCCUCACCUGAGCAGGCCAACAAGAACUUGGACAUGUCCAUCAACGCAUCCAACAACUUCAACCUCAAUAUCACUUGGUCUGUGGGAUCCACAGCUGGAACCAUCUCCGGCGAGGAGGUGCCCAUCGUGUCCAAGACCAACAUCAAGGAAUACCGCGACAGCUUCUCCUCUGAGAAGUUCACCUUCAGAAGCAACCCCAACAUAACCUUUUACGUCUACGUCAGUAACUUCUCAUGGCCCAUCAAAAUCCAGAUCGCCUUUUCCCAACACAACAGCAUCAUGGAUCUUGUCCAGUUCUUUGUGACAUUUUUCAGUUGUUUCCUGUCACUUCUCCUGGUGGCAGCGGUGGUGUGGAAGAUCAAGCAGACCUGCUGGGCUUCACGGCGGCGAGAACAACUCAUGAGGGAGCGUCAACAAAUGGCCAGUCGUCCCUUUGCUUCAGUCGCUGUUGCACUGGACGCCAGAGGAGGAGAAAAUACAGACAUGCUGCAGCCAUUGAUUGAUGGCGCACCCAAACCCGUCGCCAUGGAGCCGUGUUCCGGAGGGAAAGCCGCGGUGUUGACCGUCCUCAUUCGUCUGCCGUCGGGGCCCACAAAUUUGCCUCCCCCCGGACAGUCUGGCCUCAUCGUGGCGAGCGCGUUGAUCGACGUGUCCCAGCAGAAAGCGUCCGACUUUAAGGAGAAGUCGCAGGCUUUAAAAAACCGAAAAGCGCUCCCUCCGGCACACCAAGGCACCUGCGUUUGAACGCCGUUCCCACUCAUUGCAAGAUUCCCGUGUGGAUGACAACAUUCUCCAGUACGAGAGACGUCCACAUGUCGGGAUUAGAGUUCCAUUUCGGGAGGAACGGGGUCGGAACGACAAGAAAAACCCUUAUGCACAACAACCCUUAAAGGACCUUGCCGGAUUCGAAAAAUGACUUGAUUCUUUUUGCACCUCACUUUCACGUGUUUAUUUGAACGCCUCGUUGUUUGUUUGUUCAGCAUGAGGGGACGGGGGGGGGGGGCUUAUCGCUAUGCAGUUAAAGCUAAAGCUGUCCGAUGCCUGAUACAUGCUGCCUAUUGGCUAGAUCCGUUUUUUUUUGUUUUUUGUUUUUGUUUUCUGGGUUGUUGUUGUUGUUGUUGUAUCACGGUGCUAAAAAGAUUCACUGGUUUUAUUGCCUGAAGGAAAUCGCACUGCAACGUUUGGACCCCCCGUCCCCGCCCCCCGUCCCCGCCGACCCAUGUCUCUUUUUAGCAUUAGCCAGCUGAAGCUAACCGCCUUUGGGAGACGAUGGAAUAAACUGGAAACUCAGUGUUCUUGUGCAAGGAUAGAAGGAAGGAAGGAAGGAAAGGAUGGGAGGAAACGAGUUAAGGACUCUUGUGGUAUUUGUUUUUGGAUGUUCUCUGACUUUAUUUCUAUGCGUGAGAACAUCCACUUACCUUUUGUAAUGCCUUGCCCAACUUUCAAAGCGGUUUUUAUCCCUGCCUGAGCUGUACAGUGUUUUUUUUUUUUUUUUGCGCUUUCUUUUUUUUUUUUUUUUUUUUUUGCUUUCUUUUUUUUUUUUUUUUUUGCUUGUCAGGUUUCUACCACAGAUAUUUUUUUUUUGCAUUUAUUCAAAGCCUAUUAUUAUUAUUAUUAUUAUUAUUAUUAUUAUUAUUAUAUUUACCAUAAAUUGUUACGUCACUUUUGUUACACUUGUGAAAAAUGAAAAGUAUUGUUUUGAUAUUUAACUGAUUCCUGUGUAAUAGCACAUUUAAUUACAUUUUUUUAUUGUUUUUUUUUUUUUUUUGGAACCCGUUCAGGACUUUAUGGGCAUUGCUUGUUCUUGUUGUCGUUGCAAAGUGGUCAUUUUUGUCGCAUCUCUGAAAGCAUCAUAUGUAAGCUAAUAUGUUCCUUAUUGUGUUUUAUUAUUAUUAUUAUUAUUAUUAUUAUUAUUAUUUUUAUUUUUUAUUUUUUUCUGUGCAGUACUCCAAUGAUGGUGUCAUUACACAGGAAUCCGGUCUUGUGAGUGGAAAAAAAAAACAAAACGAAAAAGACGAGAGACUGCCUGUCAGUAAUUGUCGGUGUAUUUUAAGGAUGAACAACAUGAUGAAAUAUUAAAACAAAUGAAAAGAAUUGGGUUUUUUUAAUUUUUUUUGCUAUUUAAAGAGGUAAGAUGGGUAGGUAUGUAUGAAUUAUUUUCAUGUUCAUUGUUUAUUAUUACUUCUAAAAUGUAAAAUACUUAAUAUUACUUCUUAAUAUGUAACCCACAGCACUCCAACUUAAUAUGUCUCAUCUCAUCCUGUGCAUCGCUGCUCUACAAAUGGAAAACAAGGUAAGUACAGUACAAAAUGGCCGCAUUUAAGACCACCUUGGUGGUGGCAACAAAAGGAAGCUGUCUUAAAUUGAUACGAAUGAGAGCGAACAUCAAGGUCAGCUUGUACUGCUCGUCUUGUGUUCUUCUUUUAAAAGUCUUACCAAACAGGCGCCGCUUGCAUGAAAGCAACAACGAACAAGUCCCGCUUGGGAGGAAGCAACAUCGGGCAAGUAUUUAUGUAAAA